AUGGCGCAGGAGAAGGGAGUGCCCGGUGUACAGGUGGUCCCUCGGGAUGGGUCGGAGACCCCCACCCCCCCGGCGGUGGACCUCAGCAUGUCCCCCUUCUCCUCCCGCCACACCUCCAGCUCCCCAGAGACCCCCAACAGUGGCCACGUCCCGUCAGCAGAAUCCCACAUCCGUUAUGUCGAGGGCGGGGCCUCCUCGCAGACCUUCCAGUUCUUUGUUCCGAUUGGAGCAGGGCCGGGACUACACCUGCCGUCCUCCAUGUUCAUUGGCCAGGCCGGUGACCGGCGCACCUCUCCUGACCUAUCAGCGGAUGAGCAGCUCGCCUGCCACUGGAAGAAGUGUCACCUGCUGUUCGACUCCCUCCAAGACCUGGUCGACCACGUCAACGACUUCCACGUCAAGCCUGAAAAGGAUUCUGGGUACUGCUGCCAUUGGGAGGGCUGUGCACGCAACGGGCGCGGGUUCAACGCCAGGUACAAGAUGCUGAUCCACAUCCGCACCCACACCAACGAGAAGCCCCAUCGCUGCCCCACGUGUAACAAGAGCUUCUCCCGCCUGGAGAACCUGAAGAUACACAACCGCUCACACACUGGCGAGAAGCCCUACAUCUGCCCCUACGAAGGCUGCAACAAGCGCUACUCCAACUCCAGCGACCGCUUCAAGCACACGCGCACGCACUACGUGGACAAGCCCUACUACUGCAAGAUGGCGGGCUGCCUGAAGCGCUACACCGACCCCAGCUCGCUGCGCAAGCACAUCAAGGCCCACGGACACUUCGUGGCCCAGGAGCCCGGCUGCCCGGGCGGGGUGGGCUCCCUGCUGAAGCCGGGCCCCUGCAGCGGAGGGGCCCUCGCCAGGGAGGCGGAGCUCUCCUACCAGGGCGGGGCCCGCCUCCUGCUCCCGGGCGCGGCCGCGUUCCACCACGCCCUGCAGGGCCUCUCCGGGGGUCUGCCCCCCCUCUCCCCCGUCAGCGCCCGGCCCCUGGACCUGAGCGCCCUGGGGGGCCCCGGGGGGCCCCUGCCGGCCGGCUCGGUGCUGUCCUUCCCCGGCUCGCCCCUGGGCCUCGGGAAGGCCUCCCUGAUCUCCCCCGCCUACCCCCCCCUGAGGCCCCCCCCCCCCGGGGGGGAGCGGAGGGGCCCGGACCACCACCUGGUCCAGGGGAGGCGGUGGGGGGGCCGGGGGGAGGGGGUGCUGAACCUCUCCACGGCGGGGGCCCACGACCCGCUGUCCUGGGUGGUCAUCCCCCCCGGGGCCGUGGUGCUGAAGCCAGCUGUUGUCAACUGACACCUCCCCGCGCGCACACACACACACACACACACACACACACACACACACACACACACACACACACACACAUAGAUGUACACACACACACAGUCACACAAACCCACACACACACACAGUCACACCAACACACGCACACACACAGACACACACAGACAUGCUCACACGCAGACUCAAACAAAGAGAGCUCACACAAACACACACACACACACCCCCUCAUGCACACCUUACACACACACA